AUGCCUGGUGCUAUCCAUCAGUUUAUUGCCAGAAAAGUCAAUCAUUUGAUUGAAACUCAAUUGGUUACCAUCAAAGAAACCUCAAACGGACCUACAAAACAACUCAUCCAAGACAUCGAACAGCUUGCUUCCAGACGGAUCCAGCUCUAUGGUGCGAGUAAUCACUGUGAAUCUGAUGGACAAUUCCUCCUCAAAGGUUCUUAUUUUCCAGGAGUUGUACCCGAAAUGGCAUAUUCAGAGGGCUUCAUAUCACUGCAAACAAAGGCUGAAGAUCUUAUCGUCGGUUCAAGUGGUCAUACUCAGCUUGUGAUUGGUCUGGAAACAGGAAACAAGCAGUCAUAUAAAUCUCGGCUUGGCGACCAGAUUUUAUUCGAUUAG